GCUCCGCUGCAGCCGCGCCCGGCCGGAGCCUCCUGUUGAUCGUCGCGCUCGCACGGGCCACGGCGCCGCCCCUGCGCGCCCGGCCCCGCCACCUCGGGGCUGACGGACUGAGGGCCAGCACCGCCGGCUCCGGGAUGGGCGCACGGACUGUACUCUGAAGUCUCGGGAAGCUGGACCAUUUAAUGUGCACGGCCCAUGAGAAAGGUAUAUAAGGAGCCAUGGCACUCCCCUUUCAAAAAGAACUGGAGAAAUACAAGAACAUUGAUGAAGAUGAGCUUCUUGGCAAACUCUCAGAAGAGGAACUGAAGCAGUUGGAAAAUGUGCUAGAUGACCUAGAUCCUGAGAGUGCAAUGCUGCCAGCUGGCUUCCGACAGAAAGACCAGACACAGAAAGCAGCCACCGGCCCAUUUGACCGUGAGCACCUCCUCAUGUACCUGGAGAAGGAGGCUUUGGAACAGAAAGACAGAGAGGACUUUGUGCCCUUCACUGGAGAAAAGAAAGGGAGAGUUUUCAUCCCCAAAGAAAAGCCUGUAGAAACUCGUAAAGAAGAAAAAGUGACCCUUGACCCGGAACUGGAAGAAGCUUUGGCCAGCGCCUCUGACACUGAACUCUAUGAUCUUGCAGCUGUCCUUGGAGUACACAAUUUGCUCAACAACCCAAAGUUUGAUGAAGAAACAGCCAAUAAUAAAGGUGGCAAAGGGCCUGUAAGAAAUGUGGUCAAAGGUGAAAAGGUCAAGCCAAUAUUUGAGGAACCACCCAAUCCCACAAAUGUGGAAAUAAGUCUGCAGCAGAUGAAAGCCAACGAUCCCAGCCUGCAGGAAGUUAACCUCAACAACAUUAAGAACAUUCCAAUUCCAACCCUGAAGGAAUUUGCAAAGGCUCUGGAGACUAACACUCAUGUGAAGAAGUUCAGCUUGGCCGCAACCCGCAGCAAUGACCCUGUGGCCAUUGCUUUUGCAGAUAUGCUGAAAGUAAACAAGAGCCUGAAAAGUCUAAACAUAGAAUCGAAUUUUAUCACUGGAACUGGGAUCCUGGCUCUGGUAGAGGCACUGAAAGAAAAUGACACCUUGACAGAGAUCAAAAUCGAUAACCAGAGGCAGCAGCUAGGAACAGCCGUAGAGAUGGAAAUCGCCCAGAUGCUGGAGGAGAAUUCAAGGAUACUCAAGUUUGGAUAUCAGUUUACCAAGCAAGGGCCACGAACAAGGGUGGCAGCUGCCAUCACAAAGAAUAACGACCUGGUUCGUAAGAAGAGAGUUGAAGCAGAUCGAAGGUAAACUUCUACAAGAAGUUUCACCACAUCGCAGCCAUUUAAAAACAAACGACAAAAACUCUUCUUCUCCAUCAGGACCAUUUUAUCGAAGGUUGUUCGUUUCCGUUAACCACACAACUAAUAAUUUAAUUGUUAUUCUUUUUUUAGCACUACUUAUUUAUCUUGGGUUUUAUAAUAUAUAUCAUUGUUUUAUUUGCUCGUGGGCACUCUGGCAACUUGACAAAUGGACUGAUGCAGAUCUUAGAGAGUGACAACAAUUGAAAAUUAUUCUAACACUUUC